AUGGCUCUCUUUCGCUCUCUCAUCCUCCUCGCCGCAAUCUGUUAUUGUCUCCUCCCAAUCGCAGCCAGCGACGGCGACACCGAUCCGAUUUACAAGGGCUGUGUAGAACAGUGCGAGAAAUCUGGAUGUGUAGGGGCUAGGUGUUUUCAACAUUGUAAAUUCUCAUCAGAUGGAAAACCGAUUGAUGGUCCGUGGUAUAUGCAUGAACCACUUUACCUGGAAUGGAAACAAUGGGACUGUCGCACUGAUUGUCGGUAUCACUGCAUGCUAGUUAGAGAGGAAGAAAGAACGAAACUUGGUGAAACGCCUGUCAAGUAUCAUGGAAAAUGGCCAUUUAGGCGCAUUUAUGGGAUUCAGGAACCUGUGGCUGUUGCUCUGUCUGCUCUUAAUCUUGCUAUGCAGUUUCAUGGCUGGGUAUCCUUCUUCAUUCUUGUUUACUACAAGUUGCCUCUGAGGCCAGAUAAAAAGGCUUAUUAUGAGUACACCGGCUUGUGGCAUAUUUAUGGGAUUCUAUCAAUGAAUGCAUGGUUGUGGAGUGCUGUUUUUCAUAGUAGAGCUGUGGAAUUAACAGAGAAGCUGAAUUAUUCUUCUGCCGUGGCCUUACUUGGAUUUUCCCUCAUUCUAGCAAUACUCCGAGCUUUUAAUGUGAGGGAUGAGGCUACAAGAGUCAUGGUUUCUGCUCCCUUGGUUGCUUUUGUGACAACUCAUAUCAUGUAUCUGAAUUUCUACGAACUGAAUUAUGGUUUGAACAUGAAAGUUUCAAUGUUGAUGGCUGUUGUCCAGCUUCUUAUUUGGGCAUUCUGGGCUGUUGUUUCCAGCCAUCCGUCACGAUGGAAAUUAUGGACAGUGGUGGUGGGAGGAGUCCUUGCUAUGAUCUUAGAGACAUAUGACUUCCCACCUUACAUGGGUUAUGUUGAUGCUCAUGCUGUAUGGAAUGCAGCAAACCUUCCCCUCACAUUCCUUUGGUGGAGUUAUAUAAGGGAUGAUGCUGAAUUUAGAACCUCUGCUCUUCUUAAGAAGGUUAAAUAG